UGGGGAUUGUGAUAAUGGUGUAAUAGAGAGAACCUGCUGGUCGUCGAGGAAGCAACGCAACUUGACUGCUCUGUCCGGCUGCGCCUACAAAUCCAGCACACAGGCGCGCACGGCGCAUCCCGCUCCUCCACCUCGUCGCAGCCCCCAAGGCCCCAACUACCCCCAGUCUCGGAAGAGAACUAUCCAGAAGCGCAAGACUCCAAAGCCGUCGCCUUCCUAUCCAUCCCUUCCUCGCCGCGGGGGUCGCCUGAGGUAUGCUACCUACCAAAACCCUCACGGAUCCCUGGCAUUUCGAUCGCCUCACUCUGUACCCCGGACGAGUUGCAGUUGGAUCUCAGAUCGGUGAUCACAUAAACAAUGGUGAAGGCUGUUGCUGUGCUUGGUAGCAGCGAUGGUGUCAAGGGCACCAUCUUCUUCACCCAAGAGGGAGAUGGCCCUACCACUGUCACCGGAAGUGUCUCUGGCCUCAAGCCUGGCCUCCAUGGGUUCCAUGUGCAUGCACUUGGUGACACCACCAAUGGCUGCAUGUCAACUGGACCACACUACAAUCCUGCGAGCAAGGAACAUGGAGCACCAGAAGAUGAGAACCGCCAUGCCGGUGAUCUUGGAAAUGUGACAGCUGGAGCAGAUGGUGUUGCAAACAUUAAUGUUACCGACAGCCAGAUCCCACUGACUGGGCCAAACUCAAUCAUUGGCAGAGCUGUUGUUGUUCACGCUGAUCCCGAUGAUCUUGGAAAGGGUGGACACGAGCUCAGGAAGAGCACCGGAAACGCUGGCGGCCGUGUUGCUUGUGGGAUCAUCGGACUCCAGGGCUGAACUGAAACAAAUGGUCGUUGGACUUCGGGGGCGCCUGGGAGUGCCGUCACCAGCAGGCUAGAAUAACAUCCCGAAGACAUCGUGAAAUAAUAAUAAUAAGAGCGCCUGAUAUGUGAUCAGUGGUGUACUCGCCAUUAAGCACCUGUGGCAACCGAUGAGCUGAACUGUGUUGGACUGUUGGCUAAAAUGCUGGUUCGCCUGAGCAUGUGUCACAUGUCUGUCGGUUUUGAUGGCAUUCCGACCGUUUC